CUAUUAUUGUCGUUGGUUAAAGAAUAUGGCGGGAAGAAAAUAAUAAUGAUGAUCAUCACCCACCACCUUCAACCACCACCCCAACCCCACCUCACCACCUUCAAUCACUCAACCUUCAACUCCAAGAAAUCGUUUUUUCACCUAAACCCAUCCCCUACAAUUCUUCAUUUCCCAGUUUUUUUCACAAUAGCCCAAAAUUUUCCCUGUUUUGUUAUUUUAGGAAAAUAUGGCUAUGGCUUCAAGAUUAUUGGUACUAUUGUUGUUUUUUAUGUUAAUUGUUUUGGAAAGAGAUAAUGUUAAAGGGAUGGUAAUGGCCAUUGAUGAAGAUGGUAAAGCGCUAUGUAGUAGUGUAAAUCUUGCCGAAUUUCUUCCUCCUCCUUAUGGUGGUCUUGAAAAUAUGGUUUGCCAACCUGUUUGGAAUUCUUUCCUGCUUCGUUACUCACAGACUAAAGACAAUGUCGUCACAAUCAUAUUAUCAACUGUGUACACAACUGGAUGGGUAGGAAUGGGAUUCUCGCGCGAUGGAAAGAUGAUCAAUUCUAGCUGUAUGGUUGGGUGGAUAACUCCUGGAGGACAGGGAAAAAUUAAGCAAUAUUAUGUAGAGGGCUUAACACCUUCAAAAAUUAAACCUGAGAAAGGUGAGCUGCCAUUGACAAGCGUUCCGCCCAUCGUUUAUCUUCAAGGUGCCACAAUAUACUUGGCCUUCCAAUUGAAGUAUCCAAAUCGUCUAAAAAACCAACCGAUUUUACUAGCUUUUGCAACCAAAUAUCCUCAUCAUCACCAUCUUACUGUACAUGAUGACAAAACAACUAUACUAUUCGACUUCUCUUCAGGUACUUCAUUCGAUGUUAAUGCCGGUGCACCUAAUAACUACAUUAGCUCAACAAAGACUCAUGGCGUGUUGGGUAUAUUGGGAUGGGGACUAUUUUCCCCCUUCGGAGCAAUUUUUGCGAGAUACUUCAAAAAACAAAAGUUAUGGUAUUACUUUCAUGUAUCCGCUCAGUUCAUCGGAUUCAUAUUAGGACUUGCUGGAGUGGUUCUUGGACUUCAACUUCACAACAAACUGCAGGUUCAUAUUCCAUCACAUGAAGGCAUUGGCAUUCUUGUUCUUGUUCUUAGCAUUCUUCAGGUGUUAGCAUUCUUUCUACGGCCAGAUAGAGACAGCAAAUACCGCAAGUGUUGGAAUUUGUAUCAUGGUUGGACAGGGAGGAUUGCCCUUUUCUUUGGAGCUGUGAACAUAGUUUUGGGGAUGCAUUAUGCAGGCGCAGGGGAAAGCUGGAAAAUAGGUUAUGGAUUUCUUCUCGGUACAAUAAUGCUGGUGUCUAUCGUUCUGGAAACACUGUUGAGGCUAAAGAAACUGGACGAGCCAAAUCGUCCUCCAACCUAUCCCAUGAAUUCAAUUUAGAAGAAUAGUACACAAUUUGUUUGGUUGUUGAUCAAAUGCCUUUGCUAGUGCUUCUCUUUCUCAACAAGCUAAAAACUGAACUUCCCGUUUUGUAUAUUACAGAUUUUUUUGGUGUUUUGAAGGAUUAGAUGUAUUAGCAAUUUUGUUGUAGUGGAGAUUGGUUUGUAGAGAUUGAAUGCGAAGUUGUAUGUAUUGAUCAGUG